CCUAAGCUUAAUAUAACAUGUAGCUACAUACAUAGACGCAAGUGGACAGCCGCGUAGGUAUAUGGUGAUUGGCGAUGGUGUGGAUGGCUUUUCGCGAUCGAGUGCAGCGAGUGCAGCGCGCUUUAUUGGGGGAGAGCGUGAUCGGACGAGAGUUAUGGCAUAAUGGCAUGCGUCGGGAAAAAUUUGGUUAACCGUGGCUAAAUGUUGAAAUGACAAAAAUGACAAAAGUGGCAACCUGACUGGCAAUUGCGACAAUUUUUCAGCGGUCGGGAGAGCGCGAUGCAGCAUCAUCCCGUGACGAACGAGCAGACCGCCUCCUCCUCGUGCGCCGACACCUGCCGCUGCUGCAGCCUCAUAGAUCCCCGGGAGCGGCACGUGGUCUGCAAGCUCGAGCGCUACGAGCUGGAGGACAGGUACCUGCGACUGCUCGAGGAGGUGCGCUCGCUGAAGAAGCUGUCCAAUGGCCAGGAGGACAAGAUCAAGCGGUUGGCAACGAAGCUCGCGAGAUUUGGGUCGAAUCCGAGGAAUUGCCUCGACCUCGCCAUAGCCGCUGACGAGCAGGAGAGGCUUUCGAUGCUGGAAGCCGAGAAUGCCCAGCUCAAAGACAAGAUCAGCCUGCUGAGGAGUCAGCUGGUCAACCACAAAAUCUUUGGGAGAUCGUCGAGCCGCGGAAGGAGGAUCGUGAACGGAUCCGCGGCCUCGGGACCGAUUACCUGUCGGAGUGCAGAGAGCGGCCGGCCGAAGGCUUCGCCUACCACUGCUCGUCAGUGCAGGAAUGCGCGGCCCGCAACCGACCUGCAGCAUGACGUCCAGAACUACUCUCUCAAAAUGCAGGAAAUCGAGACGGAGAAGAAGGACAUGAUGUCGCGCAUAGCCGAGCUGGAGCUGGAGUUGGCGAGCUACGCGUCCGGUGAGCGGCGCACAAAAGUCGCCGAGAACGUCGAGUACAUCAGGCUUUGGCGACAGCUGAAGCAGCAGAACGAGAAACUCGUCGCCGCACAGACCGCCAACGAGAUGCUCAACGCGCAGAUCUUCCAGCUGAAGAGCCUGCUCGAAGAGUCCAACAAAAGGAAGAAGCAAGCGAGCGCGGAGCUUGCGGCCGAGCGACGCCAGGUGGCCCAGCUGGAGGCAAGCGUAUCCAAGUACCGGGAGUCCGAGGUGCAAGCGCGCGAGCGGGACGAGCGCAUCAAGGACCUGAGCAGCGAGUUGGCCAUCUUGAAGCAGCACAACAGCGAACUGCUCGAGCUGAGCUCGCAAUUCGGCCGUGUCGAGCAGGAGAACGCCGAGUCGAGGCGCAGGCUCGGCGAACAGGCGAGCGAACAGCGGCAACUGCGGGACAGCCUGGCCAAGGAGAAGGCCAGCGUCGCCGCUCUGCAGGCCGCCAACGAGCAGCUGCUGGCCAAGCUGCACGAGCUCCAGAAGAGCAUCGACGUCAUGACGAUACAGCUGAUGGUGCGUUGUCGCGCUGAGGGAAAAGCAGCACGCCAAGGAUGAGCGCAAAUCGAGUCCGGAGCCCGCGAAGGAGGCUGCUCAGCCGAGCGCGAGCCCAGCGCGACUGGUCAGCGAGAGCACGCAGACCGACACACCGCUGCUGCAGGGUAGUGCCCAAUCGAAGGAGGACGCUUCUGCCGUCGACUGGAACCGCGACCCUGGUAAGAGUAGCAAGAUUCAUCAGCUGUCUCGGAACGGCGGAAGCUCCCUGUCCCGCGAAGGGAUGUUGAAGCUGCUGGAGCAGGUGCAGAUCAGCGCGCCCCUCGAGUCACAGAACGCGAGCAGGAUGAGGCACCCGGAAGCUUCCUCGGCGGCAGGCCCGCUUCGAGUCUCGAGGCAGGUCUCGAGUCUCGAGAGCAUGCUGUUCGGAGACUUGGCCUUCUGCUGACGUUUGCUUCGGCUCUGCGAUCCAAGGCGUGUAAAUAGUCUGUAAAUAGUUGAAUAUGAUCCAAGUGUAGAUGUGUGUGCAGUAUGCGCUAUUAUCUUGAAGGUGUCAACGCAAUCUGUGCGAGCAAUCGGUACAAUAAUUCGAGCUCAGCUAUUGUACGAUAAGUGUGGCGCAGGCAAGUUUUAUGCACGAUUGAGAUUUUUCUAUCGAGAUACAAGGUGUCGAUAAUUUUAUAGAGGAGCGAGGCGUGUACUUUUAGCGCUUCCACAGCGGGGACGUUACGUUAACGUUCCUUGAUCCUUUUGAUAGCGAGCUGCGAACCCAAGUACAAAUUUGGAGAGAGGCGCGUUUAUAUCUAUAUGUAUAUAUACACCCAUGUGAAGCCUUGACCGCUAUUAUCAAUUGAUCAAGGCAAUUUUUUAUCCUCGACGUAGUACUUUUGAUAAGCCUUCUAUUUUAUCGAUACAUAAUGUGCGUACGUUUUUUCUUGCUGAUUACCUAUUGUAUACGACUAUAACUGUGAGCGUUGAUGAAUACACGACGUUGUCAAUGAAACGAA